AUGACAUCCACCGGCUCUGGAUGGGCGCAGCUCCGGCAGCAAGCCCGUUCGCUCGAGACACAGACAGAGAACCUCUUCAACACCUACGCACAAUUUGCCUCUCUCAACAAACCUCCACCAAAUCCCACAGAAGAGGAGCUGCGGGUCGAGUCGCAGUUGAAAGACCUCCUUGAACAGCGUGAUUCUCUCAUCUCUCAACUUACCCGCCUCCUCGAUUCCGAAGCAACCCUCACCUCCUCCGCCCUAAAACAAAACAACCUCUCCCGGCACCGCGAAAUCCUGCAAGACCACCGCCGUGAACUCCGGCGCCUGACAUCUGCCAUCGCCGAGUCCCGCAAUCGCGCCAACCUUCUCUCCAAUGUCCGCUCCGACAUUGACGCCUAUCGCGCCUCCAACCCUACUGCCGAGGAGGCGGAUUACAUGCUGGAAGAGCGUGGGCGGGUGGAAAACAGCCAUGGCAUGAUGGACGGCGUUCUCAGCCAAGCGUAUGCUAUCAACGAGAAUUUCGGCAUGCAGCGUGAAACUCUUGCUGGUAUCAAUCGUCGUAUUGUCGGGGCUGCUAGCCAGGUACCUGGGAUGAACUAUCUCAUUGGAAAGAUUGGGACGAAGAAGAGACGUGAUGCUAUCAUUCUAGGAUGCUUCAUCGGAUUUUGCUUCUUGAUGCUGCUUUACUUCCGGUAG